CAAUCCGCUUCCGAUUUCGGUACACCUUAGCAAAACAUGCGUUGAUAAAUUAAUUUAUCGUGGUUUUUUGCUUUCUAAAACGGCUACAAAUGAGUACACAUGAUCACGGAAGGAUGCACGUAAUGUUUAAGUGUGUUUUUAGUGACCCGCGGAGCUGCCGUUGAACUUAGCAGUUGGAUAAUCUUGAGCUAACGUUAGCCGUUAGCCUGGCAGUUACAACUCUGUGAACAUUUUGAAAAGCGAAGCCAACAUGGCCAAUCUCGAGCAGUGGGUGAACGACCGUCUCCAUGACAUCCUCGGCUUGAGCGACAGAUACGUGGCCCAAUUUAUGAUCGGCACAGCGCGGAAAUCCUCCGGCCCUCAGGACUUUGUAUCCCGCCUCCAGCAGACGGGCACCAUUGAUAUUGAUCAGAAUGUGAUCGCCUUCGCCCAAGAGCUCUAUCAUAAGGUUCCUCACCAGCAGGUGGUUGAGAAACAGUCCCGAGUGAUUGAACGGCAAGCCAUAGAAAUGGAAAGGAAGAACCGGACGUACACCUUACUGGAGGACAGCGACAGUGAUGGAGAGGUUGUUCGGGAGAAGGAGAGAGGGAAGAAGAAAAGCAAAGACAAGGACCGAGGAAACAAAAGGAAACACAUCAGACAGAAAAAGGAGAGCGAGUCAUCAAGUGAAGAGGAAUCUCAAAAACGGAGUGCUUCAGGCCAAGAGGACCGGAAGUCUGUCAAGAAAGAAGAAGAAGAGGAAGAGUGGGAGAAGGAGGAGAGAGAGCGCCUGCAGGAUAUUGAGGAGAGAGAUGCGUUCGCCGAGCGAGUGAAACAGAGAGACAAAGAUAAGACGCGCAACAUCACGGAGAGGACUGACAAAAAGGCUUAUGAAGAAGCUCAGAAGAGGCUGAGGAUGGCAGAAGAGGAUCAGAAGAAAUUAGUGCCGGAGCUGAGGAAGCGAUCUCGCUGGGAAUACCUGCAGAAGAGAGAGGCGGAGAAGCUGGACGACCUGGAGGCAGAGAUCGCUGAUGACGAGUACCUUUUCUCCACAGAGGAGCUGACGGAAAGGGAGAAAGGGGAUUUAGAAUACAAACGCACCCUCCGCGACCUGGCCAGGGAUUACAAGAAGGCCGGUGCCAAGGAAAAGGAGGAGAGGAAGAACAGAUACUACAUGCCAGAAGAGAAGAGGAGCAAGGAGGUGCCCCAGAGGGACCUGGAGCUGGAAGAAUUACCCAUGGAGCUGGGAGGAGAGCAGGGCCGCUGGGAGGAGGAGAGGCUGAAGACGGCCUCCCUCAGCUUCGGGGCCAAGAGGGAGCGGGAGCGAGGGAUAAAGGAGGAGAGGGAGAAGUACCAGCUGAUCCUGGAGGAGGACGAGAUGAUCAACUUCGUCAGCACUGCUGUCACCAUGAAGGGAACCCUUUCAGAAAAGGAGCAUGAAGCCCCGGCUCUGUCCCAGGCGGAGCUGAAGAAACAGUCCAUCCAGGAGGUGCGACGCAGCCUGCCGGUCUUCCCCUACAGAGAAGACCUGCUGGCGGCCAUCCAUGAGCACCAGAUCCUGGUCAUUGAGGGGGAGACGGGAUCUGGCAAGACCACCCAGAUCCCUCAGUACCUCAUGGAGGAUGGCUACACUAAAGGAGGCAUGAAAAUUGGGUGCACCCAGCCUCGCAGGGUGGCAGCCAUGUCUGUGGCAGCCAGGGUGUCAGAGGAAGUGGGCGUCAAGCUCGGUAAUGAGGUGGGCUACAGUAUCCGUUUUGAGGACUGUACCUCGGAGCGGACGGUGCUCAAGUACAUGACAGACGGGAUGCUGCUCCGAGAGUUUCUCACCGAGCCUGACCUGGCCAGCUACAGUGUCAUCAUCAUAGACGAAGCCCAUGAGCGGACGCUCCACACAGACAUCCUGUUCGGCCUGAUUAAGGACAUUGCCAGGUUCAGACCGGACCUUAAGGUGCUGGUGGCCAGCGCCACUCUGGACACCGAGCGAUUCUCCUGCUUCUUCGAUGAUGCGCCCGUCUUCAGGAUCCCCGGCAGGAGAUUCCCUGUCGAUAUCUACUACACCAAAGCUCCAGAGGCAGACUACCUGGAGGCAUGUGUGGUGUCGGUGCUGCAGAUCCACGUCACCCAACCUCCUGGAGACAUCCUGGUCUUCCUCACUGGCCAGGAGGAGAUUGAGGCGUGUUGUGAGCUGCUGCAGGACAGAUGCAGGCGACUUGGGUCCAAGAUCUCUGAGCUGCUGGUGCUGCCAAUUUACGCCAACCUGCCAUCCGACAUGCAGGCUAAGAUCUUCAACCCUACCCCACCCGGAGCUCGCAAGGUGGUUGUGGCCACUAACAUAGCAGAGACCUCGCUCACUAUAGACGGCAUCAUCUACGUCAUUGACCCGGGCUUCUGCAAACAGAAGAGCUACAACGCCCGCACUGGCAUGGAGUCACUGAUAGUCACACCCUGCUCACGGGCUUCGGCCAACCAGAGAGCAGGCCGUGCAGGCAGAGUGGCUGCUGGGAAAUGUUUCAGGCUUUACACGGCCUGGGCUUUUAAGCAUGAGAUGGAGGAGACUACUGUGCCUGAGAUUCAGAGGACCAACCUGGGCAAUGUAGUCCUGCUGCUCAAGAGUCUGGGUAUCAAUGACCUCAUUCACUUUGAUUUCAUGGACCCGCCUCCUCACGAGACUCUGGUCCUGGCUCUGGAGCAGCUCUACGCACUGGGAGCCCUCAACCACCUGGGAGAGCUCACCAAGCUGGGUCGCAGAAUGGCCGAGCUGCCGGUCGACCCCAUGCUGAGCAAGAUGAUCCUGGCCUCCGAGCAGUACAAAUGCUCAGAGGAAGUGCUGACCAUAGCAGCCAUGCUGUCGGUGAACAACUCUAUCUUCUACCGGCCCAAAGACAAGGUGGUGCACGCCGACAACGCUAGGAUGAACUUUGUGGUACCGGGGGGAGAUCACCUGGUGCUGCUCAACGUCUACACACAGUGGGUGGAGAGCGGCUACUCCACACAGUGGUGCUAUGAGAACUUCAUCCAGUUCCGCUCCAUGAAGCGAGCGCGGGACGUCCGGGAGCAGCUGGAGGGCCUGAUGGAUCGCAUCGAGGUGGAGGUGGUCAGCUCCCAGGGGGACAGCGUGCCCAUCCGCAAGGCGGUGACGGCGGGGUAUUUCUAUCACACUGCACGACUCAGCAAAGGCGGCUACAAGACCGUGAAGCAUCAGCAGACGGUUUACGUGCACCCCAACAGCUCCCUGUUCGAGGAGCAGCCCCGCUGGCUCAUCUACCACGAGCUCGUCUUCACCACCAAGGAGUUCAUGAGACAGGUGAUUGAGAUCGAGAGCGGCUGGCUGCUAGAAGUGGCUCCUCACUACUACAAGAACAAAGAGCUGGAGGACAGCAGCAGUAAGAAGAUGCCCCGCAAGCAGGGCAAAACAAAAGAGGAACUGGGCUGAGCGGAUGACCAAGGCUCAGGGGAUUAACAGCAACGACAACACAGAGGUGGACUCCCUCCCACUCUCAGGGUUCCUACAAAGCACUGAGAAGUCUGCAAAAAUGAAUAUUAACAUUUUGGAAUUACACAAAAGUCAAGAAAGAACAAAAAGGACACUGUUGUUUAGUCAUAAAACAAAAACAGCUACACAUUUCAUGUACCUCUAGGCCUCUUUUCACAUGUUGUGAUUGUAGUUGAUUAGAAAAUACGGUUUCUGUUAUAAUAUGAUAGUCUUUUUUACAUGCCAGUGUCAGAAUUAGACUCAUAAUUGAAUAAUGACCAAAUUCAUCAAGUGCACACAAUAGAUCUUUUUAAUGGAAAGCAUGAGGGAGCCCCACACUGUGGGACAGCCUGCCUGCUCACACAGGGAAGUGAGAGACUGGCCCAGGGGCAAGUGGACCACAAACUCAUGGGUGUUGGCUUAAUCAUAAACCAGCUGUGUGAGCUGGGCCACAACAAGGAAAUGUUAAUGUACUUGGAUUUGAGUUUCCUGUAUCAGCAGAGCUGUGCUUCACGGCAGCAGGUGGACUCACUGGGUUGUUUUUUCAGCUCAUUAGUGAACGUGAGACUGCGUUGUUUUUCAAGUGCUCUCAAACGCCCACCAGAGGGCUUGUUUACUUAGCCUGCAUGAAGGGCUUUGGCUGAUCUUCUGUGGAUGAAAGCAGAGCAUUGUCAACGUGGGGUGGCUUGGACUACUACUGACAAGUCUCUAUCAAGCCAGAAUGACUAAUAUCCAAAUGAUGUGUUUUAUUUUGGUGGGAGGCGUCCUAUCUCCUGUUGUUAUUUUUCUAUGGCAAUAAACUUUUACAGCCACUUA